UUCAAAUCUGUUCCCAGAUCUUCCAAGCAAACAGAGCGUGUGAUGUCCUGUUCCUGUUCAUGGGUUGGGUGUCAGCUCAGCAGCACUGAGAGGUCUCAGCAGAAAAGAAGAAGAAGAAGAAGAAGAAGAAGAAGAAACAGUAGCCUUUGAUUCUUUCCUUGUGAACAAAAUUUGGGCAAAGAAAGUAGGCGUUGUUGUUGUUGUUGUUGAUGGAAUAUAUAAACCCGUGAAGUCGAAGACAUAUAGCCUUUGUGGAUGGAAGAGGUAGGUGCACAAAUCUCCCCGUCAAUAUUUAUCCACCAACCUCUGCCUGCUCAAUUCUGUGAGGGACAUCCCAAUCCCAUGGCAAAGAAGCGUAAUUUAUCUUUUCAGGUGCAGCAACAGUUGGCUUCUGGGUUUCAAAUCCCUGGUAACAUCUGGAAACCCAAGGACUGGGAUUGGGACUGUGUGAGAUUCGCUGCCAAACCUUUGGAAUCAGAUGUAUUGCAUCUUGGUACUUCACAAUUGAUCCAGUCUGAGCAACAUAAAAUUGGCAGGGAAAGUAGCGGGAUUUCUACACUACUGGAGAAAAACCCUGUGGACCAAGACAAUGAAAUCCUUCAGUUGCAGCUAGGCGGCAGCUCGAAUUCAUUGCAGGAGUGCGUGUCAAGGCCCAAUAAAAGAGUCCGAUCUGGAUCUCCUGGUGGCGGUGGCAGCGGCAACGGCAGCUAUCCCGUGUGUCAGGUUGAUAACUGCAGGGAAGAUCUUUCAAAGGCUAAAGACUAUCACCGGCGACAUAAAGUUUGUGAGAUUCACAGCAAAUCAAGUACAGCCUUAGUGGGAAAACAGAUACAAAGGUUCUGUCAGCAGUGCAGCAGGUUUCAUCAUCUUUCUGAGUUUGAUGAGGGAAAGCGAAGUUGUGGGCAUAGACUUGCUGGGCACAGCCGGCGAAGGAGGAAAACUCAGACAGAGGAUGUUUCCUCGCGGAUGUUACUACCUGGAAGCCAUGAUAACGCUGGCAAUGGAGAUUUGGAUAUUGUUAAUUUGCUAACAGUUUUAGCUCGUGCACAAGGGAAUGAAGAGGUCAACAGCCCUAAUUGCUCUUCGGUACCUAACAAAGACCAGCUCAUUCAGAUUCUUAGUAAGAUGAAUUUGUUACCUUUGCCGGUGGACUUUGAAACAAAGUUACCAGUGUCAGAAAGUUUAACUAGCACUGUUCCUGAACAAUCAUUUUCAGAUUAUCAGAACAAAUUGAACAGAAACAUGUCUUCUGCAUCAACCAAGGACUUGCUUGCUGUUUUGUCAGCCACUCUGGCAGCAUCUACUCCUGAUGCACUUGCAAUUCUAUCUCAAAGAAGCAGCCAGGGUGUUGAAGCAGAUAAAACUAAACUGGCCUGUCUGGAGCAAGCAUUAAGUCUUUAUAUGCAAAGGGGAACAGCUUUUGAGUUUCCUUCAGUUGGAGGGGAGAGUAGUAAUACAAGUUACCAGUACCCUGUUGAAGAUUCAGAUUGUCAAGUUCAAGAAAUUAGAGCAAACUUACCUUUACAGCUCUUUAGUUCCUCACCUGAAGGUGAUAGCCUGCCAAAACUGACAUCUGCAAGAAAAUACUUCUCUUCUGGCAGCAGUAAUCCCAUGGAGGAGACAUCACCUUCAUCUUCUCCAUCUGUUGUGCAAAAACUGUUUCCAAGGCAGACCACAAGAGAAACUGAGCUGGAAAGGAUCUCAGCCAUUCAAGAAGUUAAGGAAAAUGUUGAAAUUAGUGCAGCUCAUGGUUGUGUUACAUCUCUUGAGCUUUUUGGAGGGUCGAACAGAGGUGCUGAUAGUGGUUCAUUUCAAACCUUGCCAUACCAAGCAGGGUACACGUCCUCAUCUGGGUCUGAUCAUUCACCUUCUAGUUUGAAUUCUGAAGCUCAGGUAGAUCGCACUGGAAGAAUAAUUUUCAAACUAUUUGGCAAGGAUCCCAGUCAGUUACCAGGAACACUGCGAACACAGGUUUACAAUUGGCUGUCUCACAGUCCAUCAGAAAUGGAGAGUUACAUUAGGCCUGGUUGUGUGGUUCUAUCCAUUUACAUAUCAAUGUCGUCUUCUUCUUGGGAGCAACUUGAAGGAAACCUUCUUCAGCAUGUCAAUUCUUUGGUUUGGGAUUCUGCUACUGACUUUUGGAGAAAUGGAAGGUUUUUAGUUCAUACUGGCAGGCAGUUAGCAUGUCAUAAAGAUGGAAAGAUUCGCCUCUGCAAAUCCUGGACAGCAUGGCGUCCUCCAGAAUUAAUAUCAGUGUCCCCUUUGGCAGUUGUGGGUGGGCAAGAAACCUCUCUUUUUUUGAGGGGUCGAAAUCUGAAUAUUCCUGGCACCAAGAUUCACUGCACACAUGGUUACUUAUCAAAGGAAGUGCCGGGAUCAGCCUGUCAGGAAACCAUAUAUGAUGAGAGAAGCUUGGUCCGUUUUAAAAUUAAUGGGGUGAGUCCUGCUGUGCUAGGUCGCUGUUUCAUCGAGGUCGAGAAUGGUUUCAAAGGCACCAGUUUCCCUGUAAUAAUAGCAGAUGCUAACAUCUGUCAAGAAUUGAGACUCCUUGAGUCUGAAUUGGAUGAAGCUGCAAAAAUACAUGAUACAAUUUCAGAGAACCAGAUUUGCAAUUUUGGACGGCCCGGAUCAAAGGAGGAAGUCCUUCAUUUCUUAAAUGAGCUGGGAUGGUUAUUCCAAAGGAAGAGAAACUCUUCCACAAUUGAGGUUCCUGAUUAUACACUUACUCGGUUCAAAUUUCUAUUCAUAUUCACAGUUGAAAGGGACUUCUGUGCUUUGGUCAGAACCCUCCUAGACAUGCUACUACAAAGAGAUUUAGAUAGGGGGGAGCCAUCAAGAGAGUCAUUGGAGAUUCUCUCAGAGAUUUGCCUCUUGAACAGAGCAGUAAAAAGAAGGUGUAGGAACAUGGUUGAACUGCUCAUUCAUUAUUCUGUACUUAGUGGUAAUGAUACUUUCAAGUACAUUUUCCCACCAAAUCUUGUUGGACCUGGCUGUAUUACGCCUCUACAUCUAGCUGCUUGUACAUCUAGUUCAGAUGAUAUCGUUGACGCUUUGACAAGUGAUCCACAGGAGAUUGGGUUGCACUGCUGGAACUCCCUCCUGGAUGCAAAUGGGCUGUCUCCAUAUGCAUAUGCCUUGAUGAGGAAUAACCACUCUUCUAACAGGCUGGUGACCCAUAAGCUUGCUGACAGGAAAAAUGGUCAAGUUUCGGUAUCAAUUGGAAAUGAGAUAGAGCAACAAUGUUUGAGAGUGAAUUGGGAGCAUCAGCAAAGGUCCCAAUUCAAGCGAGGGCAAAGAUCUUGUUCCAAUUGUGCAGUUGUGGCCACAAGAUACAAUAGUAGGAUAGCUGUUUCACAAGGCUUGCUUCACCGGCCAUACAUGCAUUCAAUACUUGCCAUUGCUGCUGUUUGUGUAUGUGUCUGCCUGUUUAUGCGAGGCCACCCAAACGUUAACUUAGUUAACCCCUUCAAGUGGGAGAAUUUGGGUUAUGGCCCAAUGUAAUUGGAAGUGGAAGAAGAGAACUAUAUGCCAAAUUUGGAGAAGGAUAAAAAUUAAGGAUGUAGUAAUUUAAUGGGGAAAAAGGGUUCAGUUUUUGAGUGGGACUGGAGUAGCAUUUGAUUCAGAUAUUGCCUCUUCCUCUCUUGGAUUACUGGGAAAGGGCAAAUAACGGUUGAAGAUGAGUUUUCUUUCUAAUUAGGGCGUUGGAUAUUUAUAUAUUGCCAAACUAGAGAGUUGGGAUCUUUUUGCAUUUGCUCUUCUUCUCAAUCAAUUUUGUUUUAGUGAACAGAUUGAUUUUAUUGGAUUUAGGAAACAUUGAGCUCUGAAAACCCUUUUAUAACAUAGUGGCUGAGGCGAUGGGAUUCAAAAUGCAAAAGAUAGUGGAACUGAAAUAUCAAGGCCCAGAUUUACAAGGGAGCAGAAAAAGAAGUCUGUGUCAAAGUCGCGCACGAGGUGGAACGGCAGACUUUUAUGGGUUGAGCAGAUACAACGACAUCGGCUUUGAAAGUGCUUAUUACAGUGAAGCUUUUGUGUGCAUAAGGAUACAUCCUAGGCUUGCAAAUUUUACUGGACUUUGUUUCAUCAUAUGGCUGUAGAGAUUUGGAGGUCUGGUGGACCAAUCUUUUCCUGGUAAAAACUUGUUGGUUAGUUUCUGCACUGGUUGCUGGCUGGUUAGGAUUGAUGUUCCGUUUUGGUUGGUUGGAUGGAUCACAUGUUAGGUUUUUAGCUUGUUGGACUUCCUUUGAUGUUUGGGCCUAAUAUGAGUUAAAUGGACUGGAUAGGCAUGAUGUUAGAUAUGGGCUGCUGAGUUAAUCUGUGUUUUGGUUUUAGAAAAAGGUUACAGGAUUUGAGCUGUGGGUUAUUGGUUUGGAGUGAGUCAAGUAGUUUGGUUGCAGGUUGAUUGGUUGGGUUAGUGGAUCAGGCUAUAAUGGGUCAGGUCAAAUAUACUUUUACACCUUCCUCAGAUGUGUUCAAUGCAAUUUUGAGCAAUUCUGUUGGAGGUCUCUGCUAGUUGUGUGAACGAUGAGAUGACAAUUGAUGGCAACAAACUUCUGGCAAGACAAGACACAAAGAAGAUGACAAGUUUCUAGCUAGAAACCAACGGUGAGGGACUGUGGUUGUCGACAGCAUGAAUGACAACAAAUGGUUAUGAUUACGGGUUCCAGUGAUGAGGCUGAUGCUGGUUGAUGAUGGGUGUUGUCUAAAAACAAGGGACACGGACGCGGAUUUUAAAAUCAAAAGAAAAAAAUAAAAAUAUGAACACUGCAGGGACAUGACAAAAAAAUUAAUUUUAUUUGCUAUGUAAAAACUAGAACACUUUCGUCAUGAUUUUAUAGAUUGUGUACUCUUAUUUAAACACGCUCUACCGUUGAUUAGAAGUAGUGACCUCAUAUUGUUUUGUGGUUAAAA